GUUUGUUGUGAAUCUUGUUUUGUUGUUAGUUUUAGCAAUUUUCUCUGUAUUUUUUCAUAACAAUGGAAAAAUUACCACCGAAACAGAAGAAGUUAAAGGGCGCGACCAGAGAAGAUCUAUUAAACCUGGAUAAAAAUGAAUUAGUGGAUAAAAUUAUACAAUUAGAAGCACACAAUUCACAGUUGAAGAAUAUUAUCAGUAAACACCAAUCUAGUGAUACGGAAAGUGAUAAAAAUCAUCGGAAGAAACCAUUCGAUUUUACCAAAUGCCAUUACCGUCGAGUCCUCCUCCGUAUCCUCUACUUUGGUUGGGACUACCAGGGUCUAGCGGUGCAGGAAGACUCCAACCAGACAAUAGAGCACCAUCUCUUCCACGCAUUAACCAAGUCCUGUCUUAUACAGAGCCGGGAGACGUCUCAGUACCAUCGGUGUGGACGGACUGAUAAGGGUGUCAGUGCUUUUGGGCAGGUGAUAUCAAUAUCCCUUCGAAGCAAGCACCCACCAGAGCAACAGAGUGAUACAGCAACAGAGAUGCCAUAUUGCAAGAUCUUGAACAGACUCCUGCCCAAGGAGAUCAGAGCGGUCGCCUGGAUGCCCAUACCUGAGGACCUGCCUGAGUACAGUGCUAGGUUCUCAUGUACCGCUCGGCUCUACAAGUACUACUUCCCUCGCGCGCGGCUCGAUCUCUCGCGCAUGCGCGCCGCAUGCUCGGCGCUGGUUGGCUCGCACGACUUCCGCCAUCUUUGCAAGAUGGACGUCGGCAAUGGCGUCACCGAGUUUCGGCGGGAAAUCAUUCGAGCUGAUAUUGUUGCUUUAGAAGAGGAUUCUGAGAGUCCAACAUCAAUGCAUUGUCUAAUGAUAGAGGGUAACGCUUUCCUCUGGCAUCAAAUAAGGUGUAUUAUGGGCGUCCUGCUGCUGGUGGGACAGAGACAGGAGACGGUUGACGUCAUCAAGGAGCUGUUAGACGUCGAGAGGAAUCCUAGGAAACCUCAAUACAACAUGGCUUUAGACGUGCCUCUUAAUCUUUUCCACUGCACAUAUGAGCUAACAGAGAGACGGCAGUGGAUCUAUGACAAAGACGAACUUAAAUCUGUCAUUGCGCAUCUACAAGGAGAAUGGACUUUAUAUAGCAUUAAAACAACAAUGAUAAAAGACUCUUCACAACAAUUGGAAAAGGAACUGGAAACAUCAAAAGCGAGUGAGACGCAAGAUACAGAUGACAGUAAGAGGGAAAGAGACGGAAUGACGGCCUAUACUGACUGCUUAACACAGGGAGUCAAACCUAGGACUUACACGCCUUUGUUGAAAAGGGAGACUUGUUCAAGCUUAGAAGAAAGGAUAGAAUAUUACAGGAAGAAGAGGAAAAUAGGCACAAACGACGCAGUGGAAAAAAAUGUUAAAUAAAAAACUCUUUAAUGUUAAUCAAAUAACACAUUGGCCCCGAUUCCUGCAGACGCCUCCUAAUUUUAUUAGUAUUAUUUUUAUUGUAAAAUAAAAUAAAAAUAACACUAUGCCUACCCCUUCGGGGAUACAGGCGCGGUGCUAUUUUUAUAUGUA